UAUUGCUGGAAUUAUUAUUGCUGAAGUAAGCAUUGAUAAUAUGAAAAUAAUGAGUGUAAAAGUUGAGGUAUAUUAAUUAUAAUGUACAAUAUGUUUGUUGCUUUAUUCUAGGGACCAGAAUCACUUUCACAUAUGCAAUUUAUUCAACAAAAUCCUUAUGGUUUAUUAGCGGACAAAGCAUUGUAUCACAGUGCACUCUUGAUAAGAAAACUAGAAGAAGUAUUGAGUGGAAAAAUUAACUUUGAUGCACUUAUAACAUUAUCAUCGACGGAUUUCAUUGCUAAAAAUAAUAACGGAACAAUAAAAACUGUUGGUAUGACGUACACAAACGGUGCUUGUGCUUUGCCUGAACUAGAAUAUACUUCAACUGGUUAUACACUUACAAUUUUUAAAUCAGCUCUAAUUCACGAUGAAGGUGGUUGUGCUAACGUUCAUGCAGCUGCUCACGAACUUGGACAUUUACUCGGUGCUAAACAUGAUGGUACUGUGAACCAAAAAUGUAAUGAAGAAAAUGGACUUAUAAUGGCUCCAAUUCUUACAGUAAAUGCCAAUUCAUCAGACUGGUCGUACUGCUCUAUUCACGACAUUGAAAACUUCCUCAACUCUCAACAAUCUGAGUGCCUCUUUAAUAGACCCAAAUUCGGAAAAAGGAUAUCGAGAUUUUUGCCCGGAAAAAUAACAGACGUUGAUACACAAUGCAAAUAUUUAGGAAAUUUACAUGCAACUAACAAGCAUGAAAAUAUAUGUGUGUCAUUGACAUGUUUGAAUGCUAACGGCGAAUCGUAUGUUUAUGCAGGCGUUUCAGAUGGUACCUCUUGUGGAGAAAAUAAAAUAUGCCUCCACAAACAAUGUGUAGACAUGGACAAAAUUACUUAUUAA